AUGAGCGAGAAAAAACCCGAAACACAUUAUUCAGAUGACGAUCUCGACGAUCUGGAUGACUUGCUCGAUGACUUCGACGACGAAAUUCUGAGCAAGCCGCCCGGAGCAACGCUGAAGCAAGAUCAGGAGCUCACGACCGCACCGGACGAAGAGCCCAAUUUGGACGAUAAAGAGCUGUUCGGCAAACUAUUGAAGGAAAUAGGUGCUCAGGACCCCGAUCUCUCGAAGAAUCUCGGUAGUUUUCUGGACGAUAUUGGCAAACAGAACAGCGGGUCGUCGUCCCCUCAGCCGGCUACGAAGAACAAUUUCCAGGACGUGAUUUCGGAAACGAUAAACCGGCUCAAAGAGAGCGGAGAGCAAGUAGACAAAUCCAUAAAGGAAGAAGACGGGAACGACGAACUGAUUACAAGUUUGCUCAAGUCGCUUGAUCUUAAUUUAGAUCUGAAAGGAUUAGACGGGCAAAAUGGGGGAGUCGAGGACGUUGGCAAUUUAUUGGUCGAGAUGUUGGAGAAAUUGUCGUCCAAAAAUGUCUUGUACGAGCCAUUAAACGACUUAUACCAGAAAUUCCCGGCCUGGCUCGAAAACCCUGAAAAUCAACAGGACGAGAAUUACUCAAAGUAUCAGCAACAAUACGCCGUGAUCAAAGAAAUCAUCAGCACAUUCGACCUCCCCGACCACGAGGAUAAGAAAAACAAAGAUAUCAUCAACACCAAAUUGGAGGAGUUACAAGAAUUAGGAAUGCCUCCGAAGGAAUUACUUAACGACGACCUAAAGUUCCUGAAUUUCGGAGGAAACUCCGAACUGGAGCUGGACGACAACGAUAUCCCAGAGGAUAUCAACAAAGAACUGGAAGACACAUGCAAACAAACAUAG